AGCAAUUCAUCCUCACGUUUAUCCUAACGUCAACUUUAGGUUCAUAGUGUCGUGACACUGAAGUUCAAUAAUCAGGUGAUGAACAGUUGAAGAUGGAAAGUAGACGGCGUCCUGCAGUGAGCUGUGAAACUUGCCGGUCGCGGAAGGUGAAAUGCAUCAAACCAAAUUUGGAACCCUGCCAAAGAUGUCAGCGACUGGGAAAAGAAUGCGUCACGACAGGGGAGAAAUAUGAGCGUCCAUACUACCACACAUCGAAGGAGAAAUAUGAAUUGAUAGCGAAAGUUAUUCGACAUUUUGUUCCGUCGGCUUCCCUUGACACCGAGGGACUUCGUCAGAUCAUUGCUACCUUCGAUCAACAUUCUCAAACUCCAGGUCCUUCGUCCGCGGGAAAGACUGUUGACGAAGAUGCUCCGUCCCUGCGUCACGUACUAGACGAAGAUGAUGGCGCAAUGCUUGAUGAUGUCAUGAACACACUUCGUUAUGAAAGUGGUUCCAGCUGCGCUGUAUUUCACCAGAAGAUAUGCUCAUCAGUGUUGACGAGUCGCUCCCGGCUUUCGUCCGUAAAGACAAUGGGACUGAGACGAGAAGGUAUCCAGGAUGGCCAGAUAGUCGAGCCAGUCCGCGCCUCUGAAUUGCCCAAAAGAGCAAUCUUUGAAGCUGCCGCCAGUCGAUUCUUCACGGAGGUCAAUAGCGUGAUAUUCGUGAUGAGUGAAGAUCUUUUUCAAUACCGUCUGGACGACAUAUACAACACCCGGCAAAACUGUAGUAACUCCUUCCUUGCUAUGAUAUAUUUAGUGCUGGCGCUCGGGGAGAGGUCAGAAGUCUAUUUCAAAGCGGCUAGCUCACUUUUCGACAAAUCCAUCGAAGAAGGAAGCGAAGAGAGUGUUCAGGUGGUCAUGUUAACGGUCCUUUACAGGCAAAACCGAAACCAGAGGAAUCUUGCCUGGAUUCUCUUAGGGACAGGAAUUCGAAUUGCUCAGUCUCUGGGACUGCAUUUAACCGACAAGUUCCAGGGAGAACACUCAGCGUACCGGGUUCAAUGCAAAAGAAGGCUGUGGUAUUCGCUUUAUGAACUGGAACAACUUCUCGCAUGCGCGAAGGGUAAACCGUCAGGCAUCUCGGAAAUUAGCCUGCUACCGGGGCGAGACAUGGAAGUAUGUACGAGUCCCUUCACACCCUUGGGAUACGGCGCUGCAACAGCGGCGUUUGGGACCAUUAUUCGUCGCAUAUGCGGCCAUAUGUACCUUGGGACUGAAAAUCAGAUUCCGACGGAGACAACGAUUAGCGCCCUUAUCAAUCAAGUCGAGGUGUGGUGGAAUGCUCUCCCAGAUUAUUUGCGUUAUGCAAACUUAUCUCCACCUUCGUACUCCCGCGCCAUCUCGUACCUUGGCCUCCGAUAUAAUUAUGCCUUGAUGCUGAUCACUAGGCGCUACCUUCUACAGUCACUGUUGUCCGGACAUGACUGCGCGCCAGAAGUUGCUAGUCGAACCGAAGUUUGCGAGCGCGCCAGCGAUCGUUCGACAACAAUAUUAUUGGGGAUGGCGGAGAAGAAUAUGAUAAGCGACUUGAUUUGGUUUGACGCCUACUUCAUACUUUGUAAUAGCAUAAUACUCUAUCUCCAAGGUGUGAGACAUGCCUCCUCGUCGACGCACCAGAAACAGAUUAGGGACUACAUACCCAUCUUGAAAUCGAUGCGAAGAUCACUGUUAAGCGAGUGCGCUCUGAAGAGUAUGGAGGCUCUGCUGGCCGAUCUUGAGAACAAUAGUACUUCGGAAGAUCCGUUUACCGGUUUUGGCUGCGGCCCUAUAGAGGCAUUGGUGGAAACCGCCGAGGAUAAUCUGAUGUCUUUUUUGGAUCUGCAAGAUGGUUUAGAUUACUCAGAUGUAUUUUUUACAGGGCCAUGAGUUGUGCUGCUAGACCCCCAAUUAACAUGUCCAAUGUAAGGGAUUCAUUGGAAGCAAUUGCUCCUAGUUUAAUGAAUCAAAUUAUGCAAGA